AUGGCAGACGCCAUCCGUUUAUCGUUCUUCGAAAAGCUGUUCAAUCACGUUGCGCUUCCACGCAACCUGCCUGGCAGAGAAGAUGCAAACUUGUGCCGUAUUGAGGAAGUACUCUUGGGGCUGCUGAACGUGGACGGGACUAUUAGUAAGCAAUCGCUGAUGAAAGAGAUGCGCAAUCUUCAUCCCCGCAAGAUGCUCAUCCUGCACGUUGUGCCUCAAAACUGCGCGCUGCUUGUCUACUAUUCGGCUUCUACUUCCGGUGAGCGCUGCAUAGUAUUUGAGGCUUUCGAGACAUCCGCAACUGCCGACAAAGUGCUCGCUGCCAAAGGUGCGCUGCAAUGGGACUUUCCCGGUUCGGCCGUGUCAAUUCCCGAGUCAAAAUUCAACGAGGAGCCUUUCCAAGAAGCUCUCUCUACUUUCAUUCAUCAAGCGAGUACCGAAUUAGUCACCAAAUUUGCGGCAGUCACCUGGAAGGCAGCUGCAAAGGUCCCAGAGAUCAGAGAUACGAGUGAUCCAGCUCUAAUUUCUGGCCUGCUGAUGACCAUACUGGAGGCCAACGGGACUCAGACAGUUGUGACACGACUACGCAAGCGCGUGCGGGACUCGGUCGUUUUCGAUAACGCGCGAAAGCCGUGGAGAAGGUCAGCAUUCUAUCUCGUCCUUCGGGUAGCGGUUCAGCGGCACCUAUAUCAUCACAUGGGCGCAGAAUAUGGACGACUCCACUACAAGACUAUCAUGAGUAUCCUCCAUGCUCAGUUAUUGGAAGAGGUCUUGAAAAAGAUACCUCUUGAGGCAGCCUUCUUCCUACGCCAGAAGCUAGGCCGUCGCCUUGCCAAGCUCAACUCGGACACUAAGCACGUCAAUGAGUCAACAACGACACGACAAUUCCACACGCUGUUUUCUUUGGAUAAUUUCUUCGGGAAUACACUGGCGACGACGGGAGGUUACUUGAAGAACGUUUGGCGAACCCACAGGCAAUCAAAGGAACGCAUGAUUCCGUACUUGCGCUCACGUGCCAAGCCUGAUGAGUUUCGGCUGCGCCUACUGAACAGCGGCAAGAUAUUACGAAGCGUCUUGACUGAUCACAAUUCCCGUCCUAUACCAGAACAGCGAACAUCCUCUGAGCUUCUGAAACUUUACGAACAUUCCGCUGCUUCUGUAAAACCAUAUAUGCGAACAGUUGCCAGUCAUAUUCUAUCAUCGAAGUAUCAUGAAGAGGUGGUGCUUCCAGUCAAGCAUUCAGUGCAGCCUCCAGGCCUCGGCGUCAUCAAGCUAAGCAAGACAAUCCGGGACUACGUUCCAAUGAUCUGUGCAGUCGACAAUUCUUUUCCAAACCAGAAGAGUCAGCAACUUCUGCACCUGAUGGAACUUUGGGUGCUCAUGGACAAAAACGCACUGGCUUGCUAUCCAUUGCUUGGAGACUACCAUCCCGGCUUCGAGGCUGACAUAUUGGACCCUAUCCAGCUGCUUACGCUUGAAAAAAUGUCACGCGCUCAAGAUGUACGAAAAUACCUGGCAGCUCGAUAUCGGAAUCGACUAUCACACGUGCAGAGCAAGACAAUCUUUGAUGAUCCCACUGACGACUGCUUUGCAGCCCGCUAUUACGACAGCGAGGAGCUUCGGGGCGAACUUCCAGCUAUGCGCGAAGUGAUUGAGGACAUUGCUGAAGAUCACAAGUGCCGCAAAGAACGUGAAUGGGAAGAAAAGAGUAUGCAUUACCAGGAGGUCGACAAGAAGUUCAAAGAAAAAGAAUGCAUAUACGAUUCUUUUGUGUUUCCAAACGGCAUGACCGAGUCACGGCACAGAGUUCCUUGCGAGUGGCAUCAUCUUCGUGAUCAGCUGAGGAGCAUCCGGAUCCAGAUCUUCGAACACCCGCUUCCAAGCUAUGAGUCAGCUGCGAAAGCGGCACUAUUUGAAACUUUGUGCCCAGAGGUGUUUGCAGCUUAUCGGGAUGCAACCUGGUUGAUACUGUCUAAGUUAUGUCAUCAGCCAGCAGAUGAGCUUGACAGGAUAUCGCUCAUCCGAGACUAUUCACAGUUGCGUCCAUACAUCAACGGCACCAACUGCCAAGUGACUCUCGGCUCAUAUAAGAAGGCUCACCUGGAGAGCCAUUACGCAACUUGGGGUUUCCCUAUCGGAGUACACGACGUCAUACGAACUUGCGGUCUUAGACCUAGGUAUUAUGACAGACAUAGUAAGGUCUGGACAGGAUGCCCCGAGAAAGCCUCGUUCUGGCAUCAUUUUCCCGUCAAGUUCCCUCCUGGAUCCGCAAUGUCCAACCUUGGAUUACGAUACUCCAAUUGGCCAAAUUCGAAUGGAAUCCAAGCGAACCAAGCUAGGUGUCCUCAGGGCCUUGGUGUACAUGAAUUCACAGCACUUCAAGGUCUCUUAGUCGGCACUCAUUCCAGGUGGCUUGAUCUUUUACGCGAAAUGGGUUCAACAAAUUUAAAUUUCUCGUCUGAGUCUACUUGGGUCAUUGUACUACGUCUGAUCUUACAACAUGGCCCGGGCCUAGCCGACACAUGUCAUACGGAGGUCCACAGCGCUUUGCUUGACCCUGAGUUAUGUGCGAGGCUUUUGGAGCAGAUUCGGUCUCGUCUUGAGGCAAUACGGCGAAACUGGCGAGAGCCUGUUCAAAUGGAGCUUCUGGUCACGAUCUUGCUGAAGCUCGUGUCGUUGACUAUGAGCGAUGCCAUUCGCAAAGAUGGAUUUGAGCUUCUCCGACUAGCGCGUAACAUCACGAACAAUUGGCGGAGGGAACUGCAAUCAGCUGUCACAGACGACCCGAAUGUUCUACAGUCAGCUAUAUGGGCAGCACUGUUGUGCAAGCGGACGCUGCAUACCGAUGCACAGUGUUUUGCUGAACCUGAGGAUCUUCUUGUAUACAUCGAUGCUUCAAUUUCGCUGCAGUACAAUCUGGCCGGAGACUUCAGCUCCAUGCCAUACCAUAUGCGCAAUGCCAUUUUACAAGACACAUUGUUCGCUUACGAAAACCGUGGUCACAUAAGACGCGCGAUCCUCGCCCACCCGCAGACAUUCAUUGCGUCACUUGACAGCCUAUGGCAGAUUCCCGACAACUACGACACUUCGGAGCCUAUCCUAAAGAUCGACCAGGAUAGUUCAUGGAUAUCACUCACCCUUCAGUCCGCCGAGGAAAACCAUCUUUAUUUCGUUCAUUACAAUUGCCUCUACGGUACCCUUUUGAUCGACGGACAGGAGAUGGGAACCCUACCGCUCUCGUACCGGAACGAUGCAGCCUAUCGGCAUAUCUUUGGCUCCAAAAAUCCGAUUGUCUCGACGUCUUCAUUACGGGGUAUGGAGUUUACUCUGUCAGAGACGAUGCGGGGUGGUCAUCGGAUUCAUCUAGGCUUUCGCAAUGGCCAAUUGAUUAUCAGAGCCGUCCAAGCGGGUCGACUACUAGAAUUCAUGCUUGGAAGUGCGUUUGAGUCUGAUCUCCCUCGACCUCUCGUUGAGAACUGCUACCAUUGGUUGCAUGUGAACGACGGGCAUGUUGAGAUUCGACAGAAAGAUGCUUGGGUGUCUAAACCUAGCAAUUGGUGGAUUCUUUGGUACCCUGCUGGUUGUUUCUAUCGUGCAGUCCGACAUUUCAACGAGGAUUCACAGACCACCUUGCUCGAUCCAGGGGGCGAUCUUGUGAGGAGAAUCACACGGAUUUUCGCUCACUUUGAGCUCUCGUCCCAAAUCUUGGUAUUCGCUACGCUGGAUGGUAAAAUUACCGUGGAGCUGAAGCGAAUGGAGCUUAGUUUUUAUAUUAACUUUGAUGGCUUACUGCAUUCGCGACGGCUAGGUGCUAUUAUUCCACCAAAUCAAGAUGCAGGAACCUGGUACGGACUAGAGAACAAAAUUGUCGUACAAUCUGUUGCCAAUCGGCGUCAAAAGAGUAUUCUCGUACCCUGGGGAAGCGUGCGUGUGAAGAAAGAUGGACCUCACGUACUCGUCGCCAUUGAGAUGAGGAGGGGUGUCUACUUGAAAUACGUGAUCAAUGACGUUUUGGGGCGCAUUGAAUGCGCACCCGAGCCCCGUCUCCUGUAUAUGAAAGCUCUACUACAUGCCUAUACCUCGCAUGCUGUAAGCGAUCCGCUCACUGGACGAACUGGGACCGAAGAGGCGCUCCAACUACUCCAAUCAGGCGCCUAUCAACCCUGGAACCCGUUGUUGAGUGACGAAAUAUCCACUUUGAAUCGGAUUGCAGAGCUAUCCCCGAAGAGAGGGUAUUAUCCCAAAGAUGCGAAGUGCAUGGAGACAGUGAUCUGGACCGCAGACUGUACAGUAUACAUGCAAGACGAUCGGUACAGUACAGCUGUUGCGAAGAUAUUACGGAGGUCGUCUCAGUUGUCGCGUUUCUUCCCCGAUCGCAAUGCCCAGGAAACGGCUGGUGUGUCUUCGGAAGCCGCUCAUCUGGCUAUUCGAGCCCUGAAACUCUCUGGCCUUGAGCGAAGGCUUGGGAGUUCAAGUACACCCUACGGCUCCCGCGAUCUUCGUACUUCAUCAGAUAGUCGCCAGAAUGUCCUCGAGAUUUCCAGGCUCUUCCUAGAAUGGCGGCCGUCCUUACCAAUGGAAAAAACAGUAAUCACUCUCCUCCAUGACGCGCCGGUUGUGGGGGGAUAUGACAAACUUUACCGAAAGUCUCUACUGACCGAUCACCUUGCUGUCGAUGUUCGAGCAGAGUGGGGUGCACUUUCUCAGAAGUCACUGCAGUGCAAUAUCGAUGAUAGAUUCACGUUGAUGUUCCUCUUGGGGACGAUGGCGUUUUCGCCUGAUGUCGACCUGGAUUUGUUACGUGUUCUGGCUUCUUUUGCAAUGUUGCCGGAGAUACGUGCUAUACAACCACCUGAACAUCCCGCCUACCAUCAUUUUCGGGUCGAUGGAGCACCCCCGGCAUCUUACCUAAUGUCACUGAUGGAUAAAGCACGAGUGCCUUUCUUGGGAACUGGUUUCAAGAAACGCUCCCAGCUAGUCAAGGCUGAGAGCUCGCAUGAGCCAAACGUCGAUGCAAGUUGCGAGGCACUGGCUAGAUCAAUCGGGGAACAAUGGCCUGCAUCUCUCAUAGACCCACUGAAACUACCUGCCAUCGACCCAGUAUUUCUCGAUGUCGAGCGUGCUGUAAUCGACGUUACACCUGAGUGGAAUCGUCUUACCUGCAACUACGAAUUAUCCCUGUAUUUGGAUCGUGUGCAGAACGUUCUUUUCCGGGUAGCUGCUCAACAUCCAAGAGCGGGAUCCUCUGCGGUGGCAAGCACACUGACCAAGCCAACGUCGCUUCCAGUCUAUCCCACUAGAUCGAAAACUGGUGACGAUAUGUCGCUCUCGGGUCUAUUGGGCAACUGCAUGGUCUCGCCACCCGCCGCGGCUUCCACAUCAUAUGCUGGACCCCUUGUUAUGAGAUUUGGUAAUGCCGUUAGUCGCUCCGCCAAUCUCUAUAAUUCUUUGAGUGCCUCACCAGUUGGGAAAGCCUCACUUGGUCCAUACCCUGAGGUUUCACAAUCAAAAGAGAUUGGCAUGCUUAGAGAUAUCGUCGCAGAGUUCAAGGACCCGUCGUCUUUCGUACAAUCCAGGUACAGCAAAGAGAUGAAUGAGAGCAUCGAUGCACUCCAAAAACAUCUCACGAGCAAGAGAAGCACAGCGCACCACAGCUAUUCUCGAAUUUCACCUGAAGAGAUUGACUCGGCAAAGAAUGCUGUUAGAUCCAUCGCCAAUCACAUUCGAUAUACUCUCCAAGCUAGCGAUCCUCAGGCUAGGUGGCUGCAAAUGGUGGAUCUUUGGCCGAAGAUGACAACCGUUGAGCUUCUCAGCGAGCUUCGGGUUACGUCAAGUAAUCGUUUUCCAGCGGGCACCAAAAAAGCGCUCGUGGAUUUCGGGCUCGCCAUAUGCAGGCAUCAGCGUCUACUUCGUAUCCAGGAUGCACAAAAGCGCUGCAAAGAACAACAACAGCAAGAUGAGUGGUCGAAUGAAGGUCAUGGUAAUUGGAACGCCCUAGAAUAUCCGGACUGGCUUCUGUUGGAGAUAGACGGCGAUAUCCUCCUUCGAGAAGAACAAGUCAACGUGGCUUUGGCGACAGUGUCGCCACAGUCGGGGGGAAACUCCGUUCUCCAGCUUCUGAUGGGCAAGGGAAAGACGUCUUGCAUUCUCCCUAUGGUUGCUGCCUUACUUGCCAACGGGAACGAUCUCGCUCGUGUAGUUGUGCCGAGGGCUCUCUUAUUACAGUCAGCACAAGCGAUGCAGGCCAAACUCGGAGGAUUGGUGAACCGUGAACUUAUACAUCUCCCCUUUUCUAGGAAGACGCCUCUCACAGAGUCCUUGAUCAAUCUCUACGGAAGGAUACACACGCGAUUAAGAGAUCAUCGAGGUGUGGUCAUUGCUCUGCCUGAACAUAUACUCUCGUUCAAACUGAGCGGGUUGCAGCAGUUGUGCGAUGAGCACCUCAAAGCAGCAUCAAUAAUGAUCGAGCUUCAACGCUGGCUAGACGAACACACUCGGGAUAUCCUCGAUGAAUGCGACGUGUCCUUGGCGAUUAGGACGCAACUGGUCUACCCAUCUGGUACGCAAAUGACAGUUGAUGGUCAUCCCAUGCGCUGGCAGGUCACUCAAGCCGUGCUACAGCUCGUCAAGGACUUCUCAUCUACUGUACAGUCAAAAUAUCCUCGCAGUAUUGAGAUCGUCAAACGUGGAGCGAAUGGCUUUCCUCUCAUAUACUUUCUCCGCAAAGAUGCUGAGGACUACCUCAUCGAACUUCUGGUGAAGAUCAUCUGUAAAGGCCAAGUUCCGUCGAUUAUCCCAUGUGCAGAGUAUCCGACCUCCGUUAAGCAGGACCUGGAAGCGUACAUUUCGAAACCAACUGUGCGCAGCGGCGUAGUCUCCAGGAUCACUUCUUAUCUCCAGGACAAGCAAGCCUUUGUGCGAGUUAUCAACCUGCUACGUGGCUUCUUCGUCAAUCGCAUAUUGGUAGCCACACUGAAGAAGCGGUGGAACGUACAAUAUGGACUACAUCCGACACGUGCUCCGAUAGCCGUACCAUACUUAGCGAAGGGUGUGCCAUCCCCUGCAGCCGAGUGGGGCCAUCCUGACGUUGCUAUCACUCUGACUUGUUUAUCUUUCUACUACGAAGGGCUCAGUCUCCAACAAUUCAAAGAGGCUUUCGAGCACUUGGUGAAGACCGAUGAGCCUAGUGUACAAUAUGAAAAGUGGUUUCCGAAGGAAUACGCUAUUCCCAAAGAGCUGGAGGACUAUGCUUCAAUCAAUGCUGAGGAUGAGCGGCAGUUGAGCGAGCUCUGCCACGUUGUACGUUCGAGCGCUAGCUCAGUCGAUUUCUACCUGAACAGCUUCGUGUUUCCGAAAUACGCCAAGACCUUCAAGCUCAAACUCCAGGCAUCGGGUUGGAACCUCUUUCCUUCCAUCACAGAGAAUACCGGACCCCGUCUUACUGGAUUUUCUGGUACAAACGAUUCUAGGCACCAGCUGCCUUUGCUAGUCCAACAGCGAGAUCUACCCCAACUAGCACACACGAAUGCAGAGGUUCCAUAUUAUCUCCUCGCACCUCGAAAUCAAUCCUACAUGCGAAUGGUCUCUCCGAACGGGGUUCGGUGGAGUGAAAUGGAUCUUCUCGAGAAUCUGGCAAAGACUUUCUGGGCCCCUCAAUCGAAUGGCCGUCCCAAAUUUUCCAAGCAUGCAAGCACCUUUUGGAGUUCUCAGCAACAAUCUCCAAUCAGAAUCCUCAUCGACGCUGGUGCACAAGUUCUUGAACAUUCAAACAGAGAUUUUGCGAGGGCCUGGCUAGAAGCCGAUAGCAUGGCAGCAGCAGCAGUCUAUUUUGAUGACGAUCAUCGUGUAUGGGCUUUGUACCGUACUGGAAGGUGUAUACCUCUAGUAGCAUCUCCGUUCGUGGACGACCUGGAGCGAUGCGUUGUUUAUCUGGACGAAAGCCACUGCCGUGGAACCGACAUCAAGUUCCCACCACACGCCAGAGCAGCAGUGACCUUGGGUCAACACCUAACGAAGGACGCUCUCGUACAAGCAGCGAUGAGGCUGCGGCUUCUUGGACAAACUCAAUCGAUCACCUUCUUCUCACCCCCUGAAGUGCAUCAGGGUAUACUGGACCGCUUACCUAAGAAUGCGACACCGUCUCACGAGCCUACCUCAAACGACGUGCUUCGCUGGGUAUUUGCCCAAACGUGUGAUUCAAUCGAGCAGCUUGAGCCAUCUUACUUUGCUCAAACUUCGCAUUACUUACAGCAAGAGCAAGCACGGCUAGAGUACCCGCACCACCAAUACCUCCAAAACCGGUCGUCACGCGAUGCAUAUGUAGACACAGUUCGUAUCAAAGACUCCGUCACUCUGAAGCAAUUAUAUGAGCCCAGGGGCCAACGCCAAGCAGCUGCAGCCAAAUAUGCUUCCAUCAUCUGGAAGCCCUCGCUACAGAGGAUAUACGAUGAGCUUCAAAACAGAAAGCAGCACUUCCAAGACCGAGGCAGUGCUGUCCAUGCAUCCGCACUGGAAGAAGUGGAGAUUGAACAGGAGCGCGAGGCGGAAAGGGAGGUCGAAAUUGAAGUCGAAAAUGUACGCGAGGUGCACCAGGCCCUACUUUUUGAUGCUCUCAAGGUCAACAAACUGCACGAAGACGUUUACCACUUUGCUGUCUAUGGCAGACUAGUGGCAGGAAGUGAUGCCUAUCAACCUAUGUUCUCGGUACUGGGCCGUACUUCGAUUGGUCUGAAACAUGCAGUCAACACUUCCAUGAAGUCAGGACUGUGGCUAUCAACGCAGUUUAACCGAACAAUCGAAAUCUACGAGCCUAAUGACAACUAUAUCCGUUCUGCGCAUUGGUUGCUUUGGAGCCCCAUCAGCCAGCAGGCACUUCUUGUCAGCCCCGAGGAAGCAAACGAACUCAUCCCAAUCAUGCGCGAGCAUCGGUCCUUUGAGGCGGCCGGUAUUGUUCACCUCAUCGUCUACGCCGCGCCCGUAACCCGCCGGAUGCUUCAGUUCAACCAGCUCAGCUAUCACGCCACGCCUUCUCUACCAGUCGACUUCCAGGCCCCAGUUUGGCUGAGGGUUGAGCUAGGCCUGUUUUCAGGUCGCUUGUAUAUUGAGUGGGACGAAUACUACGAACUGCUUGCAUACUUGGGUCUCGACCAAGACCUAUCUCAGCACCCGGAGAGGCCAGCUUUCGCAAAGAAACCCCUCACCUUCUUACAUGAGUGGAUUGCUCUCCGCCGCAAAGGUCAAGACUUUGAGCACACGCCCAUGGGCUUCGUCACCACUGGAAAGCCGCUCACCGAAAAUCAUCCCUUCUUCCGUGCACUCGCCCACGGAGAAGACCCAACCUUCCGUCAGCAGGUCGCCAAAUUUGCUCAAGGCCACUCCGAUGAAGUGAAUCAUGAAGAAGAGGAGGACCACGAUGACCAUGAUGAUGAGGAAUUUGUACCAGCUGUUGAGCAUGUCGAUUCUUCCGAGAGUGAGGACGAGGAUGGAUCUGAGUCAGAUGAUGGCGAUGACGACUUUGAAGAUGCAGAGGAGGAUAUGGACUAG